GGAGGUUGCGCCGUUGAGGAGACUGCGAGGCUGCCUUGAUAUCUGAGCCGGGCUUUUUGACGUAUUAUAAAGCAGAGCUCUGGAUGUGUCCGGGACUGGGAGUUUGUCAGGGCACCACGACGCCAAGGUCUGAUUGCCCAGCCCGUUCUCUCACGGCAGACCUCGCAUUUCUAGCAUGAACUGAAAAGCGACAUUUAUCUUUCCCCGGCCAUUAGUCGUCCCAUGAUGCUAGGUGUAACUGGAGCCUGAAUUUCUUCCACGCAAACCGGAUGUCUUAUCUUGUCGCCUCCCUCCAGCAUUCCAGUACUCCUUGCAAUGUGCGCCCAUCCCCAUUCCCUUCGCCCAGCAAGGCUGAGCGCACGAGAACGGGGAUUUCAGCUACAGCAGUUGCACCUAACGUUGAACAGAGGCAGCUUGAAGAAGUCGUCGUUGUCAAGCUUUGUGCUCAACGCGCGGUAUGUAGUGAUGCAAGUCAAUGGCUCAGAAUCCGGACCUUAGUGGCCAGUACCGUCGCGGGAUGAGAGACGGCGUCUUAUGGCACCUGUUGAGCCUCUCCGAAAUACGGGAUUUGCCGGACCAGGGCGCCCCGGGACAGCCUCACUGGAAGGUGAACCCACCUAUAUUCUUGGAGUAAACUCCCAACAGAUGGCAGGCAGAUCGAAGUUCUAUAUCAUUAACGAAGGAUGACCAGUUCUCGUGAA